AUGAAUGCUGCAUUCGCACCUUCCAUGGUCUUUUCAAAGAAAACGGCAAGCGAGGUUCUUGUAAAAAGAAGUAGUGUUCACCUGUUACUUGAAAAAAGAAAGGUAGGGAAUGCUAUCAUCGGAGCGCCCGAAACUAUGGAGGCUACAUCCAUCGUUAAUGAGGAUGCGGGAAAUAUUAAGCCACCUGCGAAUGAUGGCCACGUUUUAAUGCAAAGAAAAUCCACAAUGCACAACUUCUACCACAGCACUUAUAGCGGCAUCUGCUGUGGUAGUGUGAUGACUGGAGGUAUAUACGAUACGAUGGCACCAAAUUGGUUCUGUUAA